AUGUUCCAUAAUUGGUUACAAGCUGCUGACGGCACUGCAUCCAUGUAAGAACCAUACUUUUAGAUUUCCGCAAAGCUUUUGACCUCGUGGACCACAAUAUUUUAGUCGCCAAACUGUUUAGUGUAGGCGUAAAACCCACGGCCGUCAAUUGGAUAAUUGAUUUCCUAAGACAUAGAAAGCAGAGGGUUAAACUAAACAACAUCGUUCCCGAUUGGCUUGACGUUCCAGCAGGAGUGCCUCAAGGAACUCGUCUUGGUCCCUGGUUGUUUUUAGUACUAAUCAAUGAUCUUAAGCUACCUCAGCAAUCCUUACCUAUGUGGAAAUUCGUCGAUGAUUGCACAUUCUCUGAAGCGAUAUCACCCUCCAAGCAAAGCUCUCUUCAGCAAGCUGUUGACUAUAUCGAUGCAUGUUCUCAAGAAAAUCGAUUACAAUUGAUACCAACUAAGUGUAAAGAAGUACGAUCAUGUUUCAAGAGAAACCCUCCAUCAUUCCCUUUGGUCGAACUGAAUGAUUUCCAGUUAGAAAGAGUUAGCGUGGCCAAAAUUCUUGGCGUAACAAUCCGGGCCGAUUUUAAGGCCAUAUCGGUAUUGUCACCGUAAAAGCCGCAAAACGACUGUAUCUUUUGAGAAAAUUAAAAAGAGCCGGGAUCUGUCCAAAAGAUCUUAUCACUUUUUACUGUAGUGCCAUCAGAUCACUUCUGGAAUAUUCGUGCCAGUUGUUUCAUCGGAGUCUCCCUAACUAUCUGUCAAAUGAACUUGAGAGUAUCCAAAGGCGCGCUGUGCGUAUCAUCCUCCCGGACUUGAAAUAUGCUAACGCGCUAAAAGACGCCGGCAUUUCCACUCUCUUCGACAGACGAGCACAACUAUCAAGUCAUCUAUUUGAAGAUAUUGUUAAUAAACCGAAUCAUAAGCUCAGUGGCCUACUUCCACCGCAAGCACAUCAUCAUAACGAUUUAAGGAGUGAACGAAGGUUUAAUGUACCUGUUAGUAAGACAGAUUGUUUUAAAAAAGCUUUUAUUAUUGGUCAUAGCUCAAAUAUAUAA